UCCCUGAAUUGAUUAAAAGAACCACACAGGGACACAUCGCUGCGAGGAAUUUAGUAGGCGCAGACCAUACGGGACGUGCUCUUGGUGUGUGAAUCGAAGUUCAAUCAGACGAUAGAGAAAUUCGACCUUGAAUGAAUACAGUUGUUGAAUCAACUCAGAGUCCUCGUUGUUUCGUGCCCUAGAACACUUGAACCAAGCAACCUGGCAAAUCACCAGUAGGCUUCAUGGCAUCCUUGGGCCGCACUGGGACACUGUCCUUUGUGCAUAUGCAUUGUACGCCAUUGCCUCUGCCUAUGUUUGCGGGUGGCAUAAUGCCCAUGAGUUCAACGUUAGCCAAACCAGUGCCCAGGUCUGGAAUUGCAAAAGGGUGUACAGAUUCAGUGAUUCACACUGUCAUGAACAGACCUCACAGGUGUAAGCAGCACCAAUUAGAUGUACUUUCCAAGUGCCAUAAUACAGUAAACAAAGCCUUACCUAAUAAAAAAUCCGUCAUUUGUAUUGUUCCAGGACUCGAUGUUCCACCAGUGGCAUGCCACCCCGGCCCGUUCAAAUCCAGCUCUUGCUACACCGACAGCGUCGUUUUCUCUCCCGAAGAGGAUCUUGCGGCCAACAAGUCCUAUACCUCAUCUGGCUCCCUCGCCAAAAUCCAAAUUUAG